UCCUCCCUCGCUCUCUCCUUUCAUUCAUCAGUAUGACGUCUGUGGAUUUUUUCAUCACCUUUCUUCCUCCAUUGCAUCAUCGCUUGCUCCCUCUUUCCUGAAGGGGAGGGGAGAGAAAAAGAGCGAGGGAGAGUGGGAACUGCCAAGGAGAUUGCCUUAAGAAGAACAGAGCGAGAGAGAGAGAGAGCGAGCAAGCAAGUGAUGGGUAGGAGGAGGCAGAGGUUUUUGUCUUGGUUUUGUCUGAUCCGACAUGAGCCACAGAACGUGAGUGCUUGACCGAGAACAGGCAUCUCUCACUGGACGCAUCACCCUCACCCUUCCACUCAGUCUGUCUGUCUGUCUGCCUGCCUGCCUGGAGCUGGGGCUGGAGCUGUGGUAGCGAUCGGCUAUCGAAGAGGCUAGCAGGCACAGUGGCUCUGAUGAGAAGAGGGGCUAAGCUGAGCCGGUGGGCUUGCUCUCUGCCUCACAGACACAUUUUAUUGACUUGCUAAUUGCCUAAGACACUCAGAGGAGAGGAUGCAGUGACUGAAGGGCGCGAAGGAACCAACUGUACAGAAGAGCGUUACAGGCAGUGGAACAGUGACUGCGUUCUGCCUAUCUGACCACCAUUUCUGCUUCUCUUUACUGUGGGAAUUACAACAGAUGUUUGCAGCCUGCCUUUCAUUGAUCCGCACAACGUGCAUACGUGAUUCAUGCAUGACAUUAGUGUGUCUUUGCCUCACAUGCAGUCGGAAGUAGACUCUCACCACCACAUGCUUUGCAACACGUGAAUGAUUUCCAUAUGGAUGUUUGUUCUCUUAUUUACAUUCAAACCUGUUUUUCUCUGCUAGGUCUGCUUAAGCUGUUGUUUACUGUGCUGUCUGGUUUGUCUUUACACGAUUACAUACCCUUUUGUGUCUGUGACGGUGCUACAUUAUUUUUUUUAUUUUUUUGUCAACCAAUCAAAUGUAAUGGGGAUAUGAAGAUUCUGAAGCAUACAAUGAAUAUCCUUCACUGGGAGUGAAGAAAUUAUCUGAAGAGAAGCUUACAGGCUGAAGACUGACUUGAGGCAUUUCAUCUUGUGUGAUUUUGUGGAGUGGGGAACUACGUAGUACAGUCUUGUUGGAAAAAUGGACCAGGCUCAUUUGUUGACUCUUGCAUAAUUCCAGACUACCCAGUCUCAAACAUCAAGAUCGAGGAAAGCAAUCUCAGAUCCCUGGCAUCGGGCUGUAGAAUUAAUCUUUCAUAUGGAGAGAGAAAGGGGAAAAGAAAGAGAGGAUUGUGAAUGAACCUGUGGAGGAGACCAGUGAUCAGCAAAGAGAAGGUGACAAGGGGAUUACAGGAAGGAUUAAAAUAAAGUACACUCUAGAUUUAAGUAACUCAGCCUUGUUAAGUAUGCUCUGCUAAUUCCAGGUAGCUCCUACCACCUCUUGACAAAGUUACCAUUCACCCACAUCAGACGUAUCCCUACGCCAGUUAGUUUGACAGUACCUUCUGACUGUUUUCUGGUCUGACUGUUGUCUCUCUGGUGAAGCCUCCAGCUGUGGGUUGCCAUGCCUGUUCCCUGCGGGUCUGUCUGGGUCAGAGUGAGGGCUCUGCCGCUGCUCUGAGGUCAGUCUGCCUCCCUGUCUGCCAGCCUGCCGCCCCUAUGAGCCAAACAGGCACCCUACCAAGGCGCACCACCUACCUCAUCUCCCUCACCCUGGUCAAGGUCGAGGCGGUAGGGGGUGAUGGAAGGGCCACCGGGCCCCAGCCACAGCUGGCCCUUUCCCUAGGGAGAGGAGGUGUGGGGGGCCCUGGGUAUGAGGAGGAUGAGGAUCUGAGCAGGACCACUGAGGAUGAGGGAGGACACUCGUGUGCCGUGGGGGAGGGAGAGGGGGACACAGAAAUGGAGGAAGAUGAGCAGGAGGACAUUAGUUUUGGGGGGCCUGUUCAGGAGCAGGGGAAGCCUGAGAUGAGGGAGAAAGAGAGUCGUGGGCCAGGCUCCUCAAAAGAUAUCACAUUGGGGAUUAAGAGCAAGGAGUGUCCCCUCUUACCGAAGAACAUGAAAGACCAAGUGAAGGGGCUUGCAGGGGUGUCAGGUGUCCCCUCAGAGGCAGGGUUGAGGAGAGAGGGAACCCGUCCUAAAACCGAACUCUACAGGGAGCCACCCAUGCUGUUUCCAAGGGGCGAGGAGGGGAUGGGCGACCCAAGCAGCACCCUCUGCCGAGUCAGCGUGCCCAUCACUGUCCCUCCCAGGUUUACCCAUCGACCCGAGGUCCUGAUGAGGUCACAUGCCGGGGUGGGGGCUGUAAGCCGGCGGGAGUUGAGGGAAGCAGAUCAGAGUAUGCCUCCAUCUGCCAAGAGUCUGGACCGCAAAGACAACCGUAUAGGGGAUCGGUCGCCUAUGAUAGGUGCUGCGGCCGCCCUAGGGCCUUACCGAGCAUCCUGGGCAGACAGUGACGGCAGGACCACCCUCCUUCACCAGGGGGUCCCAGUGGGGGGAGGGUUUACAGGCGUGGUGACCAGGGAAAGCCCCCAAGGGGACAGGCUGAAGACAGGCUCCACCUCCCUGCCAGCUCAACCCACCACCCAGGUGUCCAAGCCGGCAAGGAAGGGCAAGAGCCGUACCCUGGACAACAGUGACCUGCACACUCUUUCUGAGGACUUGAAGAAGGGGAAGGAUGGCAAGGGCCAGGGUCAGGGGGGAACCACCCAGCGCGCCCGCGACCGCAAGAUGCUCAAGUUCAUCAGUGGGAUCUUUACAAAGAGUACGCCUGCGCCUCCCAGCUCCAACACAACGCCCCCUAUUUACACACCCAUACAGAGGGGUUCUAGUGAGGAGGAAGCGGCGUGCACUAACAGUCAAGAAUGGACCUUCAGUCGAACUGUCCAAGAGCUCUGUCUGGGGGUGUUGGGAGGUCUCCGCAGUGGAAAGUCAGCCUUGGUCCACAGACACAUGACCGGGAGCUACCUCCCCCUGGAGAACCCAGAUGAGGGCAGGUAUAAGAAGGAGGUGCUGGUUGAUGGUAACAGUCACAUGUUGCUGAUCAGGGAGGAGACAGGACCCCCAGAUGCACAGAUGGCUAACUGGGUGGACGGAGUCAUCCUGGUCUUCAGUCUGGAGAAUGAGGCCAGUUUCCAGGAAGUUUACAGGAACUACAGUGAGCUGGGCUCUCACCGCAACAUUGCUGAGAUCCCCUUCAUAGUCGUGGGCACCCAAGAUAAAAUCACCAGCACCAACCCUCGGGUGAUAGAGGACGCCAGGGCCAGACAGCUGUGUUCAGACGUGAGGCGCUGUACCUACUACGAGACUUGUGCUACCUACGGCCUCAACGUCAACCGCGUCUUCACCGAGGCUGCCCACAAGAUCAUGGCAGUGAAGAAGCAGGCAGCUCUAUUGGCCUCAUGUAAAUCCCUGCCCAACUCUCCCAGUCACUCUGGAGGCUCUACGCCAGUGUCAGGAGUCUUUCCUGGGCAGGCCAGUAAUGGUGGUCAGAGCAGUGACUACUCGUCUUCUCUGCCCUCCACCCCAGUGAUCAGUCAUAAGGAGAUUGGUGGGGCAGCAGGCGGGGAGAGGCUGGGCAGCGCCACCCCAGGGUCUGUCCGCAGCGCCUCCCGGCGACGCACCGGCUCCCGCUUCACGGGCCGUAGGGGCAGUGACUCGGAGAGGAGGAGUACAGACAGUAAGACAGGAGACCUGGGCAGUGGACGCUCCAUCCCCAUUAAACAGAGUGUCCUGCUGAAGCGCAGUGGCAGCUCCCUCAACAAGGAAUGGAAGAAGAAAUAUGUCACGCUGUCUAACAACGGCAUGCUCUCCUAUCACUCAAACGUCAAUGACUACAUGCAGAAUGCCCAUGGGAAGGAAAUGGACAUGCUGCGGGUGACUGUGAAGGUGCCAGGGAAACGCCCGCCUCGUGCUGGUGCCGUCCCUUCCUGUGGCCCUCCGCCUGGCCUCAACGGCCUGGUCAAAGACGUACAGGUGCCUGAGGGGGCCAGUGCAGUCCCUGGUAGUGGAAGUAACCUCCUGCCGGUAGAGGAGGGGGCGGGAGGAGGGUUGUCAGAGGGGUUCAGAGGGGUGCAGCUCUGUCCCUCUACUGUCUCCUACAGGGCCCAAAGUGUGGACACUGCCAUCGAGGGUGUGUCCAACCCCUCCUCCUCUAAAGACACAGGUCCCGCCUCCCCGAUGGUUGACAGGAAGAAGCAUCGCAAGAAGAAGAGCAUGAACCUGAAAGGAGACACAGCAAUUGGCCAAGCAGAUGACGAGGAUAACUUUGACUUCCUUAUCGUGUCAAGCACGGGCCAGACGUGGCACUUUGAGGCCCAGAGUGUGGAGGAAAGGGACGCCUGGGUGACUGCCAUCGAGAGCCAGAUCCUGGCCAGCCUGCAGCUGUGUGAGAGCAGCAAGAACAAGGCUCGUAAGAACAGCCAGAGUGAAGCUGUGGCGCUGCAGGCUAUCCGUAACGCCAAGGGCAACAGCCUCUGUGUGGACUGUGAAGCACCUAACCCAACGUGGGCCAGUCUGAACCUGGGCGCUCUUAUCUGCAUUGAGUGUUCAGGGAUCCACAGGAACCUGGGCACCCACCUGUCCCGUGUCCGCUCUCUGGACCUGGACGACCUGCCCAGAGAACUCACCCUGGUGCUGGGUGCCAUUGGCAACCACCUGGCCAACAGCAUCUGGGAGGGACGCACACUGGGCCGCCGGAAACCAACACCCAAUGCCACCCGAGAGGAGCGGGAAUCGUGGAUCCGGGCCAAGUAUGAGCAGAGGCUGUUUGUUGCUCCGCUGGUCCCGCCUUCCCCCUCCAUGUCCCCCAGCCAGGGGUCAGAGGUCAACACGCUGUCGGCCUGUCUGCUGGUGGCCGUGAUGGAGAGGGACCUCCCCCGCCUGCUCCUCCUCCUGGCCCACAGCACCAAGGACGACAUUAACGCCCCACUCCGCCCAGGGGGUCACCUCUCUCCUCAGCCCCCUGCUGCAUUCCCCAGCUCUCCCAUGGGGGGAUCCCCCCUGCCGCCCCACUCAGCGCUGCAUGCCGCCUGCCAGCUCGCCGACGUGGUCAUGACCCAGUUGCUGGUCUGGUAUGGCAGUGAUGUGAGGUGUCGGAACGCCCAGGGGCAGACGGCCCUCACGUUGGCGCGUUACGCAGGAAGUCAGGAGUGUGCCGACAUCCUCCUGCAGUACGGCUGCCCCAACGAGCCGCCCCCCUCGGUUGCCACAACGCCCAGCCUCUCAGUCGCCACGACACCCAGCCUUUCGCGCAAGAGCAGCGCCACCAGCCUGAGCCGCAGCAGCAGCUCCAGAAGAGCAGUGUCUUAAUGUGACAGGGGUUAGAGCACAUGUGUGAAAGUGUAAGUGUGUAUGUAUGUGUAAAAGUGUGAGUACAUGCAAUAUGUGUGUGUGUGUGUGAGAGACAGAGGUUGUGUGGGUGGUGCAUGUGUGUUUGUGACCAUAUGCAUGCCAGGGUAGCUCUAGUUGAAGGGGGAGGCUGUGUCAUCAGUGUCCUCUAAAAGGAACCCAUAAAGUCACACCAGGACGUAGUCCCAGACCAGAAGGACUGAAUGAACAAGCAGCCAACACCAUCACCACCCUUAGUGGUGCACUGGUCAGCUGUUUAUUCACCUACACCAGCCCGCAAUUGCUAAAUAACCCAUCCGCAACUGCCCGACUAUAUGUGAUAAAGUGAAAAUCUGAGGCCUGACCCUAACCCGCAAAUAUAUAAAAUGUUAAAAGCUGUAAAAACUACCAACAAACAUUUUGGUUUGGCUUGGAUGCAUAUUUUAUGUGACUGAAAUAGGCUACUAUCAGCUUUUCUGAUGCUGAUAAAGAUAGGAACUUUACAGACUGUCCCUAACCACACAUUCAUUCUCUCAAGAUGCUGAAAUAAAUUAUAUUUCUCCAUUCCAGUCAAAAUGUACAUUUGGUGUUAGGCGGUAAUAGACCUAUAUUCAGUGUGCAUAUUUCAGGAUACUAUUCCAUUUAAAGGUCCAGUGCAGCAUUUGUAUCUGUAUUUCAAAUCAUUUCUGGAUAACAAGGAAGUACUUUCGUGUGAAUGUUUUCAAUUAAAAUGGUCAAAAAGAAAAAAAAUUGACUUCUUAGCAAAGAGCAAUUUUUCAAUAAGAAUUUAGCUAAGACUGUCUGGGAGUGGUUUGAAUGGGGAGGUGAAAACAGAAAAUGUGCUCUUAUUGGCAGAGAGGUUUGGAACUAUCUUGUCUAUUAACUAAUUUACCACAUGAUGAUGUCACCAUGGAAGGCCAAAACUCCCUCCCACCAAAUCAGGCUGAAACUUCAGGCUGUCUUUUCAGACAGAGCUUACACUAAAAGGGCAGUAUCAUAAUUUUCUAAAUUGUACAGUAUUAUUCCAACCUCAUAGUGUGGAAAUAUAUAUAUAACAAAUCAUGUUUUUUGAAUGUACUGGGCCUUUAACCCAUCUGAACAGUAGCUUAUAGUUCCCUUGAUGUACCAUUUUGAAGUCCUCCUCUUGUGACUGUCAAAUUUGUAUAGCGCCUCACAAUCACACACAAUAGUUGGCACUGCUAUCAUCUUCUUUUACCACUUCACCAAAUCUUUCCCAAACAUCAGGCUACUGUUCUGGCGCUUCUAUUUAUAUUCAACUCUCCAUUUUGCAGCUUGUCUCUUAUUUAAUUAAACUCCAACAUUGUCCUUUUUCCUCAGUGGAUCGACGUGAACUUUUUCUGCAUAAGUUCGUAAAAGCAAUUGACGAUUGCUGUGUAUUCAGAGAGUGUACAGUUAGGCCCUAAAGUUUAGGCUUAGGCUACACUCUAGCACCAGAUAAAAAAUAAUAAAAAUAAAUGUAGCCUAUAGAUAUGAAUUGCACAAGAAUUAUACAUUUAUGGAUUUUUUUUAAUGCAUAGUUUAUUCAACCCGCCUGCCCGCCAUUUAGCCACACACUAUUUAAUUGCCCUAAACUGCAUGGACUGCAGGUUAUGAGUCAACCCACACAGUAAAGCCAGGAGGUAGAACUCCCUCUAACUUGGCUCUGUGCAUGCAUGUUUGAAAGAGAGGGUCUGGUCAGUGGGGUACCUUGUCCCCACUAUGGCGCUGAUAAUAUAUACUCUUCCAGGCUCACCUCACCACUGCUCUGUUGGACCUUUUUACCUGCCAAAAGGUGUGCUACUGCUUCACCAGUACCCCGUACCCUGAGCCUCACUAACACGUACUGACUGACAGACAGGGAUAAUGCAAUGCCAAGCUCUGGGGCCAAAUUGAUGGCCUGGCCUGUAUACUGACUUGGGUUCAUGCCCAAUCACAUCUCUCAGACCACAGGGUUGGGAGAAGAAAACAAACCAGAGGUACAGAACUGCAAUAAUUGAAUUACCAGUGUGAGACAAUGGAUGUGUCCUUCUCGCCCUUCUGUACUUCUGGAUGCUUGAAGUAUCAUGAUAAGACUAUAGUGUGAAGACGGGAAGAUGGUUUCUGCUCUCAACAGUGGAGAAUGUCAGUUUAAAAUUCAUUAUGAACAUUUCUCCUGUGCUUUGAUGGUUAUGGUUGACGUGGAGCAGCUUAACUUAAAAUGCAGCUACAUCUAUAAAGAUGCUUCAAUAUGAUAAUAAAAGGAGUAUGAUGGGGCUCAUUGAAUCCUCUGGAUGACAUUGUACUUAUACAGAAACUUAACAGUGGAGUCAAGACAAACAGCAAUGGCCAGUGCUGGAACUAUAAUGACCACUGUUAAAGUAUCACUGUACCACAGUCAGACAAAACGGUCAGUUACUGAACAAUGCUCAGCUGAGAUCAAAUUCAAAAGAAAUACUGUCCAACAGAUAUAGGAUUUGUAUUUUAAGAAUUUAAGGUCAAAAUAAUAAUUGUAUAGAAAGACAUAUGAAAUUGACAUCUUUACUAUACUUGUCAUAGUUAUCAAUAUUGAGAAGUACUUCAUGGACAAGAAUGUUAAUGUGGGAUCUGAAGUUUGUAUGGUAGGUUAUUGUUUAAUACACACAAGGGUUACUCUUAGCUGUUCAGAGAUACAAAACAGAUUUGGUGAUUAUUUUAUUUGGCAGUCCGCUAUCUAGCUCCCUGACGUCACUUUGAGAUCCGAGAUGGAGACUUGUAAUGUGUGUGAAUAAUGCGUGUUUUGGAAAUGAGAGACCCACCCACCCACUAGGGCAGUUUCUAUAUGUCCUAUUUUAGCUGAACAGUGUUACUGCCAGACACCAUUGUAUUGUGAAACAAAUUAAAUGCCUUCCAGUUUGAUUGAAUGUAUUGCAAAUAUUGGGAAUGUUUUGUGUGCACUGACACACCCACAAAAGGAAAAGGGGUUCAAAACCAAAACUCAAGACGUCAUUCUCGAUUAUUAUUCCAACUGUACAAAGUGAUUAUUAGUAAGGGAAAUGAAUUGCCUUGUAUUGAGAAUGAAAAGUUUGCUAGUGGCCACAACAGAGACCAUUAUCAUAACACCACAAGGACCAUGUUGCUUUUAUAUUGGGACUUAUCAAUCUACUGCAGUAUGAUCAUACCUCUUUUUUUUUAAUGACUGAAAAUGAACAUUUGUCUGUAAAUUGUGUAUGCUUCUUUUGCAGUGUUUUUCUACUCCUGUAUAUGAUUCAUGGCUCAUUCAAGUUAGCUGUCAAUACAAUUGCUGUCAAACCUGUGGUUUUAUUUAUAUAUUUGGGAGUGUUUCAUAUUUUAAAUGUGCAACUUUUAUCUGCUUAAAACAAAUAAGGAAAGGAAAAACAGUAUACAACAAAGCAACAAUAAAAAUGUUGUAUUCUGGG